UUCCGCCAAGCUCAGUUUCUAUUUCAUUUCAAUCGCUGACGGUUGUGCUCACAAAUAAAAAUUCUGAAAAUUAACAAAAGUCUUAGCGCGAACUGAAACGUAUUCGUAUAUAAGACAUAUAUAUUGUAUUUAACACCUGCGGCAAGUAAUUGUAAAUCAAUUAAAUUACGUCAUUUUCAGUGAACGUAAGAAAAAAAGUGAUGGCAUCAUUCACGAAAGUGCUUUUAAUAUUUUGUUGUUGCACAUUUUACGCUGCUCAAGCGCAAAUAAAAACUUCUGGCAUCAAAACGCAUUACCCUGGUCACAGUUCUGGGAGUUUAUUAUUGGGUAACGCCACCGAAGAGCAUCAUUUCAAUGGCAGUGAUAGUUAUGCGUAUAAUCGCAACUUUAUACCUGCUGAGACAUAUAGAGGUGGCGAUUGGUCAAAUCACGAAGUAACCAAUACUGGAGAACAUUAUUUAGGUAACAGCGGAGUUGUGGGAUUAGUUUUACCGCAUACCACAUUCCGCCCACACAUUGUUUUGGAUCCAACUGCAGAGUUUAUCAACAAAACCCGUUCCGCUAUGGCAUCUGGCGUUUGCUAUAAAGAAGUGCCAACAUCUUCAUUGGUGUCUGAUGAUCGUAGAAUUCCAGUUGGCAAUGGCACUACACCAGCUAUGAGUAAAAUUCAAAUAUGCUGUGAUGGGUAUGAACGUAAUCCGCAUGUGUACAAACGUUGCGAUCCAAUUUGUAAAGAUGACUGUCCGAAUGGAAUUUGCACUGCCCCAAAUACUUGCGUUUGCAUGCCAGGACAUGUGCGCAACUAUGAUGAUAAGUGUAUAUCCACUUGCCCAAUUGGUUGUGGUAAUGGCAUCUGUGAAUCAGAUAACGAAUGUAAAUGCAAGCCAGGUUAUACUAUCGAACCAGUUAAUCGCAAAUUUUGCAUACCCAAAUGCGAACCAGCAUGUCAACAUGGAACUUGUGUUGGGCCUAAUAAAUGUGAUUGCUUUGAAGGUUUCCGUUUAACUGCAGCUGGCGCUUGUGAACCCAAAUGUGAUAACUGUGAAAAUGGACAUUGUACAGCACCUGGAUUCUGUAGUUGCAACACAGGCUACUUAAAAGUGGCUGGUAUUUGUGAGCCUGUGUGUGCACUUGGUUGCAAUAAAGGGCGCUGUGCAGCUCCUGAUGUAUGCGAAUGUCCUAAUGGUUUCGAAUUGGAUCGUUCUGGUGCUAACUGUGUACCUCAUUGUGAACUACCUUGUUUGAAUGGCGUGUGUGAUGGUGCUAAUACUUGUGCUUGCAAUCCUGGCUAUAUAUUGGAUGAGCAGCAAAAGAACGUUUGUAAGCCACAUUGUGCACAGGGCUGUCCCAAUGGUUAUUGCACUCAACCGAACUUCUGUGUAUGUAAACCAGGUUAUAUUAAAUCUGGCAUUAAAGGACGUCAAACAUGUGUUCCAGUCUAAAUUUUAUAUUUUUCUUACUUUAUUCAACUAAAAUUGUUUUUAAAUUAAAAUUU